UGUUAACAACUUUAACCAAACAGCCACCGCUCACGGAAAAUCCAACAAACAAACAAGAAAACCCAAUAUAGAGGCGAAUUUCGGAGAUUCUAAAUUUCUGAAAUUUCCAAUCAUUCAAACUAAAACAUAGAAUCCACAUUUAGUUCUAAACUAAAUCGCGUUCAGUAUUAUAAAAUCACAAAAAACAAAACAAAACAAAACACGAGGUGUGAGUGCUCAAGAGUUAAACAAUUGCAACAAGUUGUUGUUCUUUAUUGAUUCGAAACGUCGGAUUCUAUGCGGAAACGGAAGCCGGUCGACAACGCUGCGUAUGUGCAAUAAUUACCAACGAUUGACAACACGGCGUAUGCUUAACAUUCUUGAAAGAACUAUUCAUAAAGUUCGUCUGACAACGCUGCGUAUGUGUAAUAAAUAAUUUUUUAGUAAUCCGAAUUACUUUUUUGAGAGAAAAGAGACCCUUAGAUAUUUUUGGAAACACAACUUUUGGUAACAUUUUUAUAAAAACAUCCAAAGGCACGUGAGCUAAAAAAACAAUAAUAAGAGGAAUCAGUUGAUGUGCGACCCGUGCGCGUGUGUGUAUGUAUCUGUGUGUAAAGUGUAAGCAACGUCCUUGUGCCUCCUACUACAACAUUAUCUGAAUAUAUAUAGAGAGAGAACCCAGUUAUAUACUAUAGCGUGCGUAAGUCGUUACGUCGCUUACGUCGUCACUUGGCCACUGCGCAAACGCCGCAAAAAGAAAAUCUAAAAUCAAGGAGAAGCAAGUUCAAGUCUAAGGACAUACAACAGCAACAGCAGCAACAACAGAAACAGCUGUGGCAAGGACAGGAAAAUGAAGCCCGAUUAUAACUAUUGCAAUCAGAGUUUUGGCCAAAAAAGAGCGGGUCACUUGUUUAGCCAAGAAAAUUGAAAGAGAAAAUCAACCAAAUCGGAAUUCGUCGUGCUGGAUCACCAGCGCCGUUCAGGGCGCCAAACAGGUGCAGCAGCAGCAACAACACCAGCAUUAGCAACAUCAUCCAUUGAGCAGAGAAAAAUAAAACCACUCGUUGCGGGGAAAUUGAAAGUCGAGAAAACUGACAGCAACAGCGACAGCCAAGUAGCAGCACCACCAACAGUAGCUGCCAGCACCCCGGCAACAUCUGCGACAGCAACGACAAUUGCUGUUACAGCAGCAACCUCAGCAGGAACAGGAGGAGUCGCUACAGCAACAUUAACGACAGCGGCGACAGCAGCAAUCCACACAACAAAAAUCAGCCAACUGAGGCUUAAUAACCAAGCGACAACAAGCAUGUUACUUUUGCAACCUAAUAGCUCCUUUAGUUCAUUGUCGCCCUUCGAUAAUUUCUCCACGCAAACCGCUUCGACGACCAACACAACGUCGGCAUCGGCAGCUGGACACCACCAACACCACCUCCUCCAUCAACAACAUCACAACCAACAACAGCAGCAGCAGCAGCAACAACAACAGCAACAUCUGCAACAGCAACACCUUGUUAGCCCGCAGCAACACCUGCUUAAGUCGGAAUCGCUGCUCUCCCAUGAGGAGGAUCAAUUGAUCAGCAACCUGACCGACUCGUCUGUGGUUUCCCACAGCGAACUCUUCUCGGAUCUCUUCUUUCCCUCGGACUCGAACAACUCCCUGCUCUCCCCAACAACCAGUGGCUACCCAGACAAUCCCGCCGAGGACCUGACCAGCUCCAUUGAGAACCUCACCAAGUUAACUUGCUUGAGAGACAAGCGAUUAUCCUCGAUCCCAGAGCAGCAACUGAGUUCCGAACAGGAGCAGCAACUCUGUCUGCUGAGUCUGCGAUCCAGCAGCGACCCAGCUAUUGCAUUGCAUGCCCAGCAGCAACAGCAACAGCAGCAGCAGCAACAACAGCAGCAGCAACACCAGCAGCAGCACCAACAGCAUCAACUCCAGCUGAUCUCGCCCAUUGGAGGGCCAUUGUCCUGUGGCAGCAGUUUGCCCAGCUUCCAGGAGACCUACUCCGUGAAGUACAACAGCAGUAGUGGGAGCAGCCCCCAGCAGGCAUCCUCCUCCUCCACCGCCGCUCCAACGCCCACUGACCAGGUGCUGACCCUCAAGAUGGAUGAGGACUGCUUCCCGCCGCUCUCUGGCGGCUGGAGUGCCAGUCCACCUGCUCCUUCCCAGCUCCAGCAGUUGCAUACCUUGCAAUCCCCGGCCCAAAUGUCGCAUCCCCACAACAACAACGGCAACAACAAUGGCGGCAAUAACAACAACAACAACAAUAGUGGUGGCUACAACUAUCAUGGUCACUUCAAUGCUAUCAAUGCCAGCGCCAAUCUGUCGCCCAGCUCUUCGGCCAGUUCCCUUUAUGAAUAUAAUGGCGUCUCCGCCACGGACAACUUCUACGGACAGCAGCAACAGCAGCAGCAGAGCUACCAGCAACAUAACUACACUUCGCACAAUGGCGAGCGCUAUUCUUUGCCAACGUUCCCCACGAUUUCCGAGUUGGCUGCUGCUACAGCUGCUGUGGAAGCAGCAGCGGCGGCCACCAUCUCCUCCCCAACAGUGGGCGGACCACCGCCCGUCCGUCGAGCUUCGCUCCCGGUUCAGAGGACUGUAUCGCCCGCUGGAUCCUCAGUGCAGAGCCCAAAAAUGGCAAAGAUUACGUUGGGCCAGAGGCACACACAUGCCCAUCCUCUGCAGCUCAACUCGGCACCCAACUCAGCGGCCAGUUCGCCGGCGAGUGCAGAUCUUCAGGCAGGUCGAUUGCUCCAGGCUCCGUCUCAAUUGUGUGCUGUUUGUGGCGACACCGCUGCCUGUCAGCACUAUGGAGUGCGAACCUGCGAGGGCUGCAAGGGAUUCUUCAAGCGGACCGUCCAGAAGGGCUCCAAGUACGUCUGCCUGGCGGACAAGAAUUGUCCAGUGGACAAGAGGCGCCGCAAUCGCUGUCAAUUCUGUCGAUUCCAAAAGUGUCUGGUUGUGGGCAUGGUCAAGGAAGUGGUGCGCACGGAUUCCCUCAAGGGACGACGAGGAAGACUCCCCUCGAAGCCGAAGUCUCCCCAAGAAUCGCCACCAUCACCGCCCAUCUCAUUGAUUACGGCCUUGGUUCGAAGCCAUGUGGAUACCACACCGGAUCCUUCGUGUCUGGAUUAUAGCCACUAUGAGGAGCCAUCGAUGAGCGAGGCGGAUAAGGUGCAACAGUUCUAUCAACUGCUCACCAGUUCCGUGGAUGUGAUCAAACAGUUUGCCGAGAAGAUUCCCGGCUAUUUUGAUCUCUUGCCGGAGGAUCAGGAGCUACUCUUCCAGAGCGCUUCGCUGGAACUGUUCGUCCUGAGGCUGGCUUACCGGGCCAGGAGCGAUGAUACCAAACUGAUCUUUUGCAAUGGAACAGUGCUUCAUCGCUCCCAGUGCCUGCGAUCCUUUGGCGAGUGGUUGAACGACAUCAUGGAGUUCAGCCAUAGCCUGCACAACCUGGAGAUCGACAUCUCCGCCUUCGCCUGCCUCUGUGCCCUCACUUUGAUCACAGAACGCCAUGGCCUGCGGGAGCCCAAGAAAGUGGAGCAGUUGCAGAUGAAGAUCAUCGGCAGUCUGCGAGAUCAUGUCACCUACAAUGCUGAGGCCCAGAAGAAACAGCACUACUUCAGUCGCCUGUUGGGCAAGUUGCCUGAAUUGCGAUCCCUUAGCGUUCAGGGAUUGCAAAGGAUCUUCUAUCUUAAACUGGAGGAUCUGGUGCCGGCGCCAGCUCUCAUCGAGAACAUGUUCGUCACGACAUUGCCCUUCUAAAGGCGAUCAAGCGUAUCAUCAUCACAACUUUGCUUCCUUAAAACUAGCCCUAAGUUAUGCCCCUUAAGAUAUACAUAGGAAGGACCCAACUAGCUUUAGUAGAACCCCUGAAAAUAAAUAAAUCUCACGAAAAAACAAAAAACCGAAAUAAAAAGCAGACCCAGGCCAUAUCUAUAUAGGGUAUAGAAGGUAGAUAGAUUGUUGGACAACCCCUGGUUCCUUCGAUAAUUACGGACAUGAAUAUUUGAGAGAGGGUUUCCAGUGUAAAGCCAGCUCCUGCGUGACUCGUCAUCACUGGAAAUUACAACUUGUUGACGUUAAUUGUUAAAUUGUUUAAUUUUAACUGUCCAAAAUCAACCGCUAGACACGCAAUGGCAACACUUUCUAACCCCGAACUCCAAGCUUGCUCAACAUUCGGCGUUAAUGGACAGACGGACUUUACGGACUUUACAGAACGCUCUCUUGCCUUUUUGCUAACUUCUAGUCAAUUGUUUUAGGCAAAACAAAUAAAUAAAUAAAUAAAAGCAUGCAGCAGCAGUAGUGUUAUAUAAUUUAUACCCUAGACUAGACUCUUCUGGAGAAUAACCCAAAAUAAGUUCCACAAAUUGAGAUAGAAUAUUAUUAAUCAAUAACUAAUUUCUUUAAAUUUCCUUUAAAAUUUCUAAAAACUAUUGCCAAUUUGUGGAAAUCCACUAUCAUAUCAUAAGCAAAGCCAUGCUUGCCCUUAGCUAAUAUAUAGACCAGCAUAAAGUUAAUAGCCCCAACCAAGUAUUUCCGUUAAAUUCUAGACUAAGACUCCUGAUAGUUAUAGGCUAAGACUAUUCUGUUCGAUUUAUCAAUGCACCAACUAGUGCACAAUGAGAGUUUAAGUACCUUUUUGUGAUGAUUGUGUCUGACACAGAGAGAGUUGCACACAAACACACAAACUAUAUGAUAAGCUAUAUGGUAUAUAUAUAUAUAUAUGAUCUAAUCUAUAUAAUCUUUAGAGUAAGCCCAAGUAUUCGGUAAUCCCAAACCCCUGUAUAUCCAUAGUUUGUACGUUCCAAACGAGAGAAAAACUUUAUUUAAUCUUAAAAAAUCACUCCAACUAAGUUCUCAAAGAAACGCUACGGGAUCUUAAGAUCUGUCUCUCUCUAUAUGUGUGUGUGCUAUCUCGAUAGAAAAACCCCUCUAUGUGAUUUUGUGAUAGAUUGGCAUUGAACUCUAUAUAUAUAUUUAUAUAUAUAAUAUAUAUAUAUGUCUAUAAUAUAUAUACACGCAUAAAUAUAUAUUUUUAUGUCUAACUUUUGUAUGGUUUAUUUUAUACGUACCACUUUUCUUUGAUAUCGAAAAACAAAAUAAGAAAUAAAAAGAUCGUUAGAUAGCAAAUAUUUCAAAUGUAUGUUAUGAGGAAUUUUCAAAGUACAGCCUUUAGCAACUUUCCAAUUAACGUUUGUAUUAACGAAAGACAUUUUCUAUGUGUAAAAUUCAAGACUUCUAUUAAACUAAAUGUAAACUAAAAAGCAAAAACAACAAAAAACACAAAAACCAAUGUGAAUAACAUAUCUCUUCAAGCUUUCGAGUGCACGGAACACGUAGAACCGAAAUCCAAGUGUUACAAAAAAUCUAUUUAAUAUAUACAUACAUAUUGGCAUGCCUGGGGCGAGGAGGUGUUUAAUAAAUUCGCAUUAACUAUACAAUUUAGGUAGAUCAUUAUUAAAUUAUUGUACAUGUAGCACAUCAAAUGUUCGACAACUAGAUUUUGUACCAUCUUUAAGAAGAACUUAGGCCAAGCUAAACUAAGUAUAAACCAUGAUCUGCAAGCGGCUAAGCUGAAGCUAUAAACAAAUAUAUAUAAUUGGGUUGAUUUAGAUUAAAUGGGACAUUUUGGAAUAAAAAUAUUAAAUAAAAUUCACAAAAACUACAAUAGUUAAACACUUAAUGUUCAGACCUUCAAAAGUGACCCAUUUGAUUUGAUUUUAGCCACCUCAACCAUACAUCCUAAGGAAGUUGUUGAAAUUUAGAAACCAUAGAGCAAUAUUUCAUAAGGGAAAACACACCUUAAAUUAAACUACAAACAUAGCUAAACUCUAACUAAACCUGAACUUGUAACGGUUAGAAAAGAUAAUAAAACAGGAUUUAACAGGAACAGAAUAGGUGACCAAAACAGUUUGAAACGAGACGUUUAGAUAGGUUCGGGUUCGAAACCCUCAAAGCGAUGCCAUUUUUUAGCCGUUACAACAUUGGAUAUCAAUCAUGCACAUGAAUAUAUAAAUAUUAUAAUGAUAUAUCUAGCUAUAGGAACCUACUUUGUACCUACACAACAUGGAAACAUCAAACCUACAUGCAUAUUUACACAAUACAUAUAAACAUAUAUAUACAUAUAUAUAUUUUGAAUAGAUCGAAAACUUUUACAAGUUAUGAUGUACUUCUUGGCACAAAAGCUAUAGCUUCUAUAGCUAUAUAGCUGGAUAUAUGGCCAUACCCGGAGCGAGCAUAUACAUAUACAUAUACAUAUUUUUUGGUUUAUUGUUCUUUUGUAAUUUUAUAAAUGCAUACAUAUAUACUACGUGAAUGUCAAGUGUGGAUUCAUAUUUUUUGAGAUACAGUUACAAGAAAUGAAACAAAAACCCUAAAACGUGAAAUUUUUCGAUAAAACGAUUUUAAACGAGAACUUUUUAAUAUUGCUAUAAAAUUGAUAUAUACACUUAAUAAAUUAUAUAUAUA